AUGCCGACCCAGGGGUCCUAUCAGUCUCAUGAGGUCCAUACCUCGGCUCCACAUGCCUCGGCAGCGGCACCUCCAAUAAUCCUUUCGGCUCAACAUACUGUUGGUCGUCCUACAGACUUGGCCACUAUUGGCUCGCAUCGUCACCCUUUUACUCCUUCCAUUAUGCAAAUCCCUUUAAUGGAUAACUGGAAAUCCUUGCCCAUUGAUAAGUAUGAUGGUACAACAGAUCCUGAUGAACAUUUGGAUGUUUUUUUGAUGCAGGUGACAUUGAGUACAACAGAUGAUGCUGCCUUGUGUCGAAUUUUUCCGACGUCUCUCAAAGGCAGGGCCCUGAGUUGGUUUACUCGACUCCCUUCUAACUCCAUUGAUUCGUUCAACACAUUGUCUUCCCAGUUCGUAAUUCAGUUUGCAACGAGCCGACCUCAUAGCUUGACGUCUCUAUCCCUGGUCAAUCUUCGGCAAGACAAAAAAGAGUCCCUUCGGACAUUUAUGGAUCGGUUCAACAAGACUGCUUUGGAAAUCCGCGAUCUCAAUCUGGCUGUUGCACUGCAUCACCUGACAACAGCUUUAAAGCCUGGGCCGUUUGUUAAUAGCAUCUGUAAAAAGCCUCAUUCGGACAUGAAUGAUUUACGAAGGCGGGCCGAUAAGUAUAUGCAAAUGGAAGAAUUGGCUGAAUAUCGCAAUCAAGCCCGAGCCGAACCAUCAAGCAAGCCAGAGAAGCAAACAGAGCAACCAUACAAGGGGCGAGGCAAGGAGAUAACCCUUCGGGACCGACCCGUGCGAGGAUCGAAGUAUACACACUAUACCCCUCUCAACGCAAGUCGAUCCGCGGUGCUUGAACAGGCGCUGGCGACGGAAAUACUGGCUGUCCCGAAAAGGGCUUCCACUCCUCCACGCGCUGAUACCAGUAAAUCUUGUCGGUAUCACCGUAAUCGGGGACAUUCGACUGAGGAGUGCGCAACCCUUAGAGACAAAAUUGAGGAGUUAGUCAAGCAAGGCCGGCUUCAUAAUUUUGUUGAUCGGCUUGGCUCGUCUCGGUCCCGUCAAUAUCAAUCGAGACGUGAUCAGCCUAGGCAAGACCGUUCGGAUAGAUCUCGUCGCGAGCGAAGCCGGUCACGAGAGAGAAAAGAUGAACCUACAGUUUCACAUAGGUGA